AUGGCAAAAGUUUUAGAAUUGUUGAAUUCACUCGAUCCAUCGUCUAAAGAAUACGAUGAUUUUCUUCAGGAAUUAUUAACGUCAAGUUGUGAUAUACCAUUCGGUACAGAGGAGUUUCAGGAAUCCAUCAGGAAAAUAAUAAUUCCCCAUAUAGAUUCUUCCGAGCAGAAUUUAGUUUUUGCGGGGGCAAAUUGUUAUACACUCUUGUCCAAAGCCACAGAACGCUCCUUCAAACCACCGACGAAAUUUGGAAACUAUACCAACUGGGUAUACAAUGAGCUAUUAUUGUGCAACAGUUUACACGAUAUAAUGAACAAACUUUUUAUUGGAAUUUCCGAAUUUGACUCUUCCGAUAAACGGGAAUUGGAAGCUUCUGACACUCUCAAUUUGCCGGAAAUAUCCGAAGACAAUGUUCUUCAAUAUUAUAGCAAUUUAGAACGAAGAUUUAUCAAUCUUGCUGUCUAUUUAUCGACUAUGUUACGUGGCUGUGGAGAAAAGAAUUCUGUUUCGCCCACAGAUAUUUUACAAGUUUUGUGCAGAGGCUUGGCCAUUACACCUUUUAAUUUAGGAAAGGAGAGUUCGAUCACGGGGCAAAUUUUGUUUUUCAUGUUACCAAAAUUGCACGUGAGCUUAUUGCAGGUCCUCAGCGCAUUGAUUGAAGGGUUUAAAAAGGAACUGAUACCAUUUUCAAAUACAAUCCUGAAACUCGUACAACAAACGCUUGACUGGACUGAGAAAGUUUCACAAGAUCAGUCGACACUGAGUCUCUGCAAGCCAUUCAAAAAUGUCCGACUUUCUGUUUACAAAACUCUAUCUGUCUGGUUGACAAAUACAGGAACGCUCUCAGGCGUAGAAUCAGUUACGAAAUAUAUUCUGCCUCAUAUUUUCAGGGAAAUCAAAGUUAUCAAGAAUACUGUCCUUUUAACGGUACAGAAAACUAAUCACCUUUCCAAGAAGUCUCAGAAGAAGUUAAGGGACAGUCAGUAUGAAAAUAGUCCUUCCCUUGGAAAUUCGAGGAUGGAUAGCCGCGAUAUUCAUUCGAAUGCAGAUUUAUGCGAACAAGCUCUCCUGGCACUUGAAAAUAUUCUUUUCAGUGCCAAUUGCUGGCUCAAUGUUUCUUCUUAUGAGAAAAUUAAGGACGAGGUAGUUGACACCUCAAAUGAUUUGUACCUAGGAGCCUCAGAUACGAAUCUUUACAAAAUGAACGCCGCUUGUCGUUUGCAGCUUCUAAAAACUCUGAAAGCUCUGCAAAUGAAUUCUCAUCCAUUGACACCCCCGCCGACUCAGUUUUCCAUCGAAAUAUUUAAUCUGGCUCUGCGGGACGAAGAUUUCAGGGUCAAUCAGGAGGCCAAAUUGGCUCUCGCCGAAUUGGAAAAAGUCGUCCAUCCGAGUGCGCCCUCUCUCGACUUUCCUCAUCAACCGCGAGACCAAAAUCAAAAUUCCGACAAAAAUAAUGAAGAACCGACUGAAUUUACAAACACGAGCGAUAUCGGUCAUUCCAUGAAUCAAUUAUUGGACUCGAUAUGCACAAACGAGAGCAGUGACGAGUCCAAAAAACGAAAAUUAGAAAAGGAAAAAGUAUUUUCGAAUAAAUUGCCAAGAAAAGAUGCCAAAAGUGAAGCUCUGGCCUCAAAAAUUGCAAUUAUUGAUGCCGAGGAUGAUGCUAAUCUGAUGCAAGAAUCAAUUGAAGAAAUUAAAAUCGUGGAGGAGCUGGUGAAAUCUAACGAUAUUGGGUCGGAUGAUAAAAUAGCUGACGAGAGACCCGAAAAUUCGGAAAAAAUGGAUCUCGAGAUAGAAAUAGUCAAAGAAUCUUUGAGGGAAGAUAAGAAAAAAAUUGAAGAGCAGGUUCAGUCUCCAGAUUCGGAUAUUGAAUUGGUGGAUUUAUUUGUCGAUGAGCUUCAGGAAGAGAAUUAGGACUUUUUAUGCAAUGCUGUUAUUUAAAAAAAUUUACAAUGGCGAAGAAUACAGUCAAUUGUCGAAAAA